AUGUCUGAGGCUCACAAGAUCAAUCAUGACUUUCGCGAAGAAGGCAAUUUUAAUGCCGUUGGCAAUGGCGCUGAACUCAGCCGACAAGUUACGGUUCAGUUGAGUUCGGAGCAGUAUGAGCGUUUGUUCUUCCAGCCAUCGGCACCCAGCCGUGGUGACCUCGCCAAACGUUUUGCCAAUCCAACUUUGCUUGGACUCAUUGGGUUUCUGAUACCAUACACCUCCACCAUCCUCAUUCUCUGUGGCUUUCAGGGUGCUGUGGCCCCACAAAGUUUGAUUGGACUGAGUGGCGACUACUACUUUUUUGGAUGCAUUGCCAUGAACCUCGCUGGUAUCGCGGAGUUCAUUUUGGGAAAUACUUUUCCCAUGGCGGUCUUCCUUAUCUACGGCAGCCACUGGGGAAGUCUUGCUUACACACAGGAUCCUAUUCAUCAGACCACAACCCCUUUUGCCGAGCUCGGAGGCGCUAAUGGCGCAGCAUACAACUCGUCUCAAGGCUUCCACAACGUCACCAUGGCUAUUGCCAGCUUUGUCUUCUUUAUGGGAACGUUCCGUGUAAACGUCUUCUUUACCUUGACCUUCUUUGGCCUUAUUAUGUUGUUCUCCUUCAUCGCUGCCGCUGACUUCCGAGUCGGACAUGCCACGACCGAAGCCGACGUAGAGCACAUCACCAAGCUGCUGCACAUUGCAGGAGGCUUCGGGUUUAUCGGUCUAGUCUGUGGCUGGUAUCUCGCCAUCCUCACCGCCUGCGAGGCAGUUGGAAUACCUUGCCCCCUGCCAAUCCUUGACCUGAGUAGCAAGGUCUUUCCAAAGAAAAGUGUAGUGGUAGACAGAACAUAG